AUGGUCGGCACCAGGUUCAACCUAUACGGCGACAAGCUCAGCGACUGGGCAUUCCCACCCCCGGAAAGGGCGAUCUUCUCGCGCUACUUCAGGGACAAGGACGAGCUGAAGACAUACUGGGCAACGUCUGACUGCGUCCAAGGAAUUUAUGAAGUUCCUAGGAAAGCAAAAGAGGAUAACAUCACCCUGAUGGAGCUAAACUCCUUCUACACGCCAGCCCUCCGAGACGAGAACAGCACCCAGCGAGGGCCCGACUGCAUCAUGUGCCUCGAGCCGUCACGAUGUCACACCUGUGCUUGGGAAUGUCUCCAAUGCAGCAGCGGCAACGUCCUCAGCUACGAUGGCAAAUUUUGCGGUGAUCCGACCCGGAUGAAGUGCCCGAUUUCCACCGGCUACUUCAAAAUCGGGCAACGAUGCGCGCCAUGCAGCACGCGGACGCCGUUCUGCAGCAAAUGCACGGAGGAAGGCGAGUGCCUAGAGUGCGCCCAUGGGAUGCACGUGUUGAAGAAGCCCUAUGGCGAGACGUGCGUUUCCGAAUGUUCAAGGGGCUCCUACAUGGACGCGACGACUGGGGUGUGUGGCGACUGCCCGAGCUGGUGCCAACAAUGCAAUGACGGUACGUGCAACGCAUGCAUCCCCGGGCUGUACAUGAUGCAGAAGGGUGCAUACGUUUUUUGCGUCAACGCGUGCGACGAGAACUACUACCCGGAAACGAUAGCCCCGAUGCGCUGCAUGCCGUGCCACAUGGCGUGCGAUCAAUGCUGGGGCCCCAGCGAGGCGCACUGCAUGCGGUGCCGCUUCUUUGGCGAGCUGGUUGUCUCACAGAAAUUGGCCCUUUGCCAUCACUCGGAUUUUGGGACCAAGAGAAGGCGGAAGCGCGAAGGGGCAACGGGACUUGAUACGCUGAUCGACAUGGUCGACGAGGGAGACCGGCUGACCGUCUACGGGAGGAAGGCAUCGGAAGAGCCGGACCGGGCGAGGCUCGUCUACUCGGCGUUCUUCUACAGCAUCGAGGAUUAUCAGCAGUAUUGGGCGGUACGUCAAGAAGAGAAGAACCUCUCCAAGGUCGAGCUGUACGCCCCGUUUUGCCAGAGCGAAGACUGCCUCGAUCACUGCGCCAACGCGACAUUGGUCCACCCGUGCCCGUACUGUGAGCCGAACUAUUUCAAGGACUUCCGCGGGUACUGCGUCGCCAGAUGCCCACCCGGCUCGUUCGCCAAUUUGAUGGACAGCGAACAGCCGUCUUGCGUGAUGUGCCUGAAUCCGACAAAGUGCCAUACCUGCGAUUGGGAACAGGAAGGACCACUGCCUCUGGCUCGCAAGCUCUCCUCGGCCGGCCCAACUCCAGCCGUCCGAAAACUGUCGUCGGUCGGAAACCUUCAUAAGUUCAAGAAAUCGGGCCCAAGGGAGGCGAAACCAGGGCAAUCCGGUCGCGCCAUUGACGCCGUCACGAAGCUGUUCGGUCGGGAUAAGCAGCCGAGCACCAACAAGCCUGUGUCGACGGGGAGGAGUGCGCGGAUGGAGCCGACGUGCGAUUCGAAGGGUAGACGCUCAAAGGAGAAGGCGUCUUCGCUUUCGAGGGGCAGUCAAGCUUCCAGCGUAUCUCGAAAGUCGCAACGCUCCGGCCGCGGACAUUCAGGCCCUCGCAAGCACUGGCCGACCCCGGAUCCGUCGCCUUUU